CCUGGGCACCCCACAUAGCCUAUUGUACCCGCGCACAUCACCCUCGCUGCCGUCGCAAAGUCGACCGCAUAUAGCUGCCCACUACUCUCACCACAUCGACUGUGUGUCGAACAGCACCGCAGCCGGCGGCCUCUCUCCCAAUGGCUGACCAAAUCACCAACCAACUCGCGGCGACGUCGCUCAACGAACAAUCGUCUUCAGCAGGCGCAAACUGGAAAGAUGGGCUGAAGAUACCCUCCAAAGACACACGAGUGCAGACAGAGGAUGUCACCGCAACAAAAGGCCUCGAGUUUGAGGAUUUCUUCAUUAAGCGCGAGCUGAUGAUGGGUAUAUUCGAAGCGGGGUUCGAGAAGCCCUCACCCAUCCAAGAAGAGACCAUCCCCGUUGCCCUCACCGGCCGAGAUAUACUUGCGCGAGCGAAGAACGGCACCGGAAAGACAGCUGCUUUCGUUAUACCUACCCUCGAGCGCGUGAACCCGAAGAACCCCAAGACGCAGGCUCUCAUCCUCGUCCCCACCCGAGAAUUGGCCCUACAGACCUCGCAGGUAUGCAAGAUGCUGGGAAAGCACCUUGGCAUCAAUGUCAUGGUCUCGACUGGUGGUACUGGCCUAAAGGACGACAUCAUCCGGUUGUCUGAGCCUGUUCACAUCAUUGUUGGUACACCCGGUAGGAUUUUGGACCUGGCAGGAAAAGGCGUCGCCGACCUGUCCGCUUGCCAAACCUUUGUUAUGGACGAGGCUGACAAGCUUCUGUCCCCCGAGUUCACCCCAGUUAUAGAACAGCUGCUUGGUUUCCACCCCAAGGACAGGCAGGUCAUGCUCUUCAGCGCUACAUUCCCUAUCGUCGUUAAGAGCUUCAAGGACAAACAUAUGAACUCCCCGUACGAGAUCAAUCUUAUGGACGAACUCACCCUGCGCGGUAUCACUCAAUACUACGCUUUCGUCGAAGAGAAACAGAAGGUCCACUGCCUGAACACGCUAUUCAACAAAUUGCAAAUCAACCAGUCCAUCAUCUUCUGCAACUCAACCAACCGUGUUGAGUUGCUCGCCAAGAAGAUCACCGAGCUUGGAUAUUCCUGCUUCUAUUCUCACGCCCGUAUGCUUCAGCACAACCGUAACCGCGUCUUCCAUGACUUCCGCAAUGGUGUCUGCCGUAACCUAGUCUGCUCUGAUUUGCUUACCCGAGGUAUCGAUAUCCAGGCUGUCAACGUUGUCAUCAACUUUGAUUUCCCGAAGAACGCCGAAACGUACUUGCAUCGCAUUGGUCGUUCUGGGCGUUUUGGACACUUGGGUCUCGCCAUCAACUUGAUCAACUGGGAGGACCGCUUUAACCUGUACCGCAUUGAGCAGGAGUUGGGCACUGAGAUCCAGCCGAUUCCCUCGGUUAUUGAGAAGAAGCUGUAUGUCUACGAGACCCCCGAGACAAUUCCUCGCCCCAUCUCGAACUCUCAGCACAAUGGGCAAGGCCAGGAACAAGACGGCAAUGUCGCCCGCAGCAAUCAGAAUGGGCGCGGCAACUACCGUGGUAACCGUGGUGGCGGUCAAUUUCAGGGCCAGCCUCGUGGCGGCGGCGGUCGCGGACUUCCGAACCAGCAGCAGCAGAACCAGAGCCAGCAGCCUCGUCAGAAUAACCAGAACGGCCACAACCCGCAGCGUAACGCUCGUCCCCAGCCCGCCGGUCCCGCGUAAGGACGGUGCACGGCGAUGAGGGGGGUUGUAGGUUGUCUGAGCAGUUCUCGUUGA